CAGUCAACUCUGUACGAGGCGGGCAGUCAAGCGUCUUCAUAGCGCAAAUCCCCAUCACACGUCAGAGACGACAUCAUUAUUUAAGUUUGAAUCAAGUAGGGAAGAAAGUUUUGCGACAGACAGUGUUGCCAAGCAGCUCCUAGGUAGUGGACCUAGUUAUUUCGCCCAGUUCUUACGGAUAUUAUUUUUAUAGAUCAGCAAUGCCCUACACCGUGACAUUGAAUGGACCCUCACCUUGGGGUUUUCGACUGGUCGGUGGAAGGGACUUCAGUACACCGUUAACUAUUUCGAGGGUGACACCGGGCAGUAAGGCAGCACAGGGGGACCUGUGUCCUGGAGACACCAUCCUGGUUAUCAAUGGGGACAACACAGAGACCAUGACACACAUGGAGGCCCAGAACAGGAUCAAGGCCUGCAUUGGGGAGCUCACACUGGCCAUCUGCAGGUCAGGAGACAAAGUCUGGUCUCCAAAUGUUAUUGAAGAUGGCAAGACAAGUCCAUACAUGGCCACAUUGGAGUCUGAGUCACCACAGAAUUUCCGACCCAUUAGCACUGGAGCAAUGACCAGUGGUUACAACAGCAGCUACAGCAGGGGGAACAACAGCAGCGGUUACAGCCGAAAACCCUCCUACACUCCCGAGCUGCCGCACCUCAACAACGGCACCUCCAAGCAGUCCAACCAUGCGCAGUACAACAACCCAGCCAGCUUGUACGCACACAACAACGGCAGCAACGGAGACAGAGACAGGGUCUUGCCAAAACAAAUGAGCGGCCUGAAUCUAGGGUCUCCUCACAGCCCUGAGCCUCCGAUGCGUUCUCCUAUGGGACGUAAUGGAAACGGUCAUAGUUUUGAAGUCACCACAGAGUCAGAUGUGUACAAGAUGCUGCAAGACACAGAGGAGCCAGUCUCCGCACCCAAACAAUCCGGCUCCUUCAAAUACCUACAAGGCAUAUUGGAGGCAGAGGAUGGAGGUGUGUCCCCUACUGACAUGUCUGGAGUGAGAGGCCUUAGGUCCCCGGACCGAUCCCCAAUCCCUAAACUGGGCAGCCCCAUCCCCGGCCACAUGGGCCCCAUGCCCGGCCUACAGAAACUCCCCCAGUGCACGCGCUGUGGCAACGGCAUAGUGGGAACCAUCGUGAAGGCCAGAGACAAACUGUACCACACAGAGUGCUUCAUGUGUGAUGACUGCGGCAUGAACCUCAAGCAGAGGGGCUACUUCUUCAUCGAGGAGAACUUGUACUGUGAGACCCACGCCAUGGCCCGCGUACAGCCUCCUGAGGGAUAUGACGUGGUCGCCGUCUACCCCAACUCCAAGGUUGAACUGGUCUGAAGUUGUCUGACUCUCACACAGCCCCCCCUCAGACAUGUGCCUGCAGUCUUAUCCACAGCUCCCAGCCCGUAUAGAUGUGUUCCAUUUCCAAUGCACUACAUGUCCAAGCUGUUGCCAGGAAGUAUCAGUUUAGAGUUGGAUACUAGAGAGUGGGAAAAGGUUUUAAGAGGUUUUAAGUCUCUCUUUAAUUCUUUCACACUUACAGCAUACUCUUCCUAUUUUGGACGGAUUAACAUUUUUACACCUGCUGAGUAAAAAAACAAACAAUGUUUUAAUCAACCAAUUAACUAAAAUUGAGGGCUUUUCUUUGUGUCAACAGCACUUUUAGAUUAUGUUGAAACAUAAGCAAUAUUCAACCGAAUGACCUCUCACAUCUUGGGAUGGUUUUCUAUUUUUUUUUUUAACUCUGCCAACUACAAUACAGUUAGCGGAAUGGAAUAGGGUCAAGCACCUGACUGAGAAUGGAAUUCAUCUUUCACUGCUUCUCAUACUGUUACUGCUACAAUUAAAUAAGUGCAAUCCAGUGCCACGCGAGAAAGCCUUUUGUCUCUCCACUGUAGCAGCUUUUAAAAAGCUGUGGGGAGCAAAUACGCAGGACAAGGCCAUGGAAAAUAUCGAAAUCCAGCCGGUGAAUCUAGAAACAUAUGGGAAUAAUAUACAUUUGUUUAGUGUGGUUUUUUUGGGGCACAUUUGGUUGAAAUAGACAGUUGUUGUUGGCUAAGGGAACGUAUUUGAAAGAGUUUGUCGCUUUUUUUUCUUGUUUGAUUUUAACAUAUAUCUAGUCACAGCCAGGUCCACUGAAUGAAUCACACUUCCACAUUUCGAGGGAGGGGGAGGGAGGGAGGGAGGGAGUUUACAGUACCAGUAAAAUGUUUGGACACACCUAAUAAUUCCAGGGUUUUCUUUAUUUUUACUAUUUUCUACAUUGUAGAAUAAUAGUGAAGACAUCAACACUAUGAAAUAACACAUUAUUUUGAUCUAAAAUAUCCCAAUGCCCCAGAGCAGUGAUUGGAGACAUUGUUCUAUGUACUGUAGGGUGCCUUCUUUCGGAUGGGAUGUUAAACAGGUGUCCUGACUUUCUGUGGUCACUAAAGAUCCCAUGGCACUUAUCGUAAGAUUAAGGGUGUUAACUCUGGUGUCCUGGGUAAAUUCCCAAUCUGGCCUUCAUACCAUCAUGGCCACCUAAUCAUCCCCAGCUUACAAUUGGCUCAUUCAUCUCCUCUCCCCUGUGACUAUUCCCCCAGGUCGUUGCUGUAAAUGAGAAUGUGUUCUCAGUCAACUUUCCUGGUAAAAUAAGGAUUAAAUAAAUGUAGUAACCAAAAAAGUGGUAAACAAAUCCAAAUAUAUUUUAUAUCAUAGAUUCUUCAAAGUAGCCACCCUUUGCCUUGAUGACAGCUUUGCACACUCUUGGCAUUCUCUCAACCAGCUUCAUGAGGCAGUCACCUGGAAUGCAUUUCAAUUAACAGGUGUGCCUUGUUAAAAGUUAAUUUGUGGAAUUCCUUUCCUUUUUAAUGUGUUUGAGCCAAUCAGUUAUGUAGUGACAAGGUAGGGGUGGUAUACAGAAGAUAGCCCUAUUUGGUAAAAGACCAAGUCCAUAUUGUGGCAAGAACAGCUCCAAUAAGCAAAGAUAAAUAAUAGUCCAUCAUUAAUUUAAGAGAUGAAGGUUAAUUUCAAGAACUUUUAAAGUUUCUUCAAGUGCAAAGAAACCUGCAAAGAAACCCUUACUAAAGGACACCAAUGAGAAGAAGAGACUUGCUUGGCCCAAGAAACACAAGCAAUGGGCAUUAGACUGGUGGAAAUCUGUCCUUUGUUCUGAUGAAAGAUUUCAAAUAAAAGAUUUCCAUGACUUUGUGACACGCAGUGUAGGUGAACGGAUGAUCUCUGCAUGUGUGGUUCUCACCGUGAAGCACGCAGGAGGAGGUGUGAUGGUGUGGGGGUGCUUUGCUGGUAACACUGUCUGUGAUCUAUUUGUAAUUCAAGGCACACUUAACCAGCGUGGCUACCACAGCAUUUUGCAGCGAUACGCCAUCCCAUCUGGUUUGCACUUAGUGGGACUAUCAUUUGUUUUUCAACAGGACAAUGACCCAAAACACACCUCCAGGCUGUGUAAGGGCUAUUUGACCAAGGAGAGUGAUGGAGUGCUGCAUCAGAUGACAUGGCCUCUACAAACACCCGACUUCAACCCAAUUGAGAUGGUUUGGGAUGAGUUGGACCGCAGAGUGAAUGAAGGAAAAGCAAUCAACAAGUGCUCAGCAUAUGUGGGAGCUCCUUCAAGACUGUUGGAAAAGCAUUCCAGGUAAAGCUGGUUGAGAGAAUGCCAAAAGUGUGCAAUACUGUCAUCAAGACAAAGUUAUUCUACAAUGUUAAAAAAAUAUAUGAAAAAAAGAAAAAACAAAGAAAAACCCUUGAAUAAGGUGUGUCCAAACUUUUGACUGGUACUGUAGGUGCUUUUGGAAGUGACAAACAUAUCUGUGUUAGGAGCAAAUAGUCUCUAUCCCUGAAAGUGUUGGAUGAAUUAUGAUCACUUACAUGUGUCAUGCAGCCUUAGGGACAGCAAACAGUGAACUGAAAUAGUUGCAUGAAAAGUGCUUUUUUAAAUUUGAAUGAAAAACUCAAUCUCAAAGUGCUUGUUAUUUCGAUAUCCACCGUGACCCUAAUGUUUAGCUACUGCAAUGCCAACUAGGACAGUAGUUCUUUGUAAAUUAUGUGAAAUGAUGUUGUCAUGAUGUUGGUGUUUUAGUUCUAAUUGUACAUAUUUGUUUCGUCUUGGCUGUUUAACAAACAUGUCUUGUCACUCUGCCUUCACACGUCUGUGUCAUUUAACUGCUUACCGUGUUUAGUCACAGAAUCCUCUCAUUUUUAACUUAUUGUUUUGUUGACACAUUUUGUUCUGGUUUCUUCUAUUUCUUUUUUAGGAUAUAAUAAAGUGAAAAAAGUUAUUAAAAUCA